UGAAUAAAUAACUUCUCCCCCAAAACAGGAAGUAUGGCGGAAGGUGGACAAAAUCCGGACAGAGACAACCCAUUUUCAUUCAAAAGUUUCGUAACUAAGAAAGAUAAAAAGGUGACAACGGAUGGCAAAGCAUCUGCUGAUGAUGAUCUUGACAUAUUUGAUUUGCCUGAUGUUAGCAAUCAGCGAAAACGCGAUAAACCCAAGCAAAUUGUUGUUGUUGACGAAGAUGAAGGUAAACAAGGGCAACAAAAGAAGAAAGGCAAAUCAGCAAACCCAUUUUCAUUCAAGAAGUUUUUGUCUGGAAGUGGUGGUAAAAGUAAUGAAAGGUCUAGUCCUUUACAACAGCAACAACAUGUUCCUAUAGUGAAUGAUGAUAAUGACGAUGAUAAUUUACAUAGUGUGCCAAACUUACAUGUGACUGGUGAAUUGCCAGAUUUUGUGCAAGAUCAUUAUUCAGAUGGUAUCGGAACCUCACCAAGAGGUUUAGAACUUCCAGAUUUUACCAUCCGAGGUAUCACGGACAAUGGUCCCGAUAUUGGUGAUACAAAUUUUCACAGCACUGAUUAUUCAAGUAUAGAAGAUUCAGAUCGUAGACAAGGGAAUAGUGCCGAUGUUCACAGUGACUUCGAUGAAAAUUCAGACACAGAAGACAGUGUUCCGGCACACAGAAGUUUAGUUAAUAGAUUACCGGACUUUUUAUCGGAUGCUGCAGUGAGCUCAAGUAAAAAUUCUGACAAUGUUAACGGCAGUGUUCCUAUUGUUUCAAGAAAUUCAAGACAUGUAGAUACUCCAGUUACCAAUCAUGUUGAACUUCAAAAGUUACAAGAUGAAAAUCUACAAUUAAAAAGACAGUUGGAGGAGUUAAGAAGAAAAAAGUUACAGGAUGCUGAUAGAAUUUCAGAGCUUCAACGUCAGAUGGUUGAACAAAAGAAGAAGGAAGUGGAAGAGACGAAGGCUAUGGAAUAUGCCAUGGAGCAAGUGGAACAGAAUCUAUCAGCUACAACAAAAAGAGCAGUGCUUGCCGAGUCUACUGUUACAAAGUUGAAACAAGAGGUGAAAACUCUGCAGACAGAGCUUAAGGCAAUAAGAGGGGAGAAUGGAAUGUUGUCCAGUGACCAACAUCUCAAUGAUGUGAAGGAGAGAACAAGUUAUGUUGCCGAGCAACUGUCGUCUGCUACAAAAACUGCUGAAACUUCCUUGAGGCAGCUCCUGUCCGGUGUUGAUAAUCUGAAGUUGUUAUCACAGGUGCUCAAUUCUAUAGACAAAAUCUCAGAGGAUACAUCAAGUACCAGCAAAACCAGCUCGGAUAAUUCCUGACAUACGAAACACCAGUAAGCGUUACAAAACACCAGUGAAUGUAUUAUUUUAUGUUACUUCUGAAGUUCAAAGAACAUUUUACAGAAUGACAUGUAACAGAACGGCGUCUGCUGUCAUAACUCAAAGAGUUUAAGGCAGGAGUCACAUCAGUUAAUCUAGAAGGGCCAUAAUUACCAAUUACUGCUGAUUUCUUGAUUAAUUAUAUUUGAUUGCAGUCAGUUACAGAUUACUGUUGAUUUCCUGAAAAAUUAUAUUUUAAUGCAAUCAGUCAGAACUCAAAGAGUUUAAAGCACAAAUUACAUCAGUUGAUUAAAUUAUGAUCACAAGUAAUCAAAAGGGCCAUAAUUACAGAUUACUGUCACUUUAUUGACAAAUUGUACUGUCGAUUUCUUGGAAAAAUUAUAUUUGAAUGCAAUCAGUUACAGAUUACUGUUGAUUUCUUGAAAAAUUAUAUUUGAAUGCAAUCAGUUACAGAUUACUGUUGAUUUCUUGGCAAAAUUAUAUUUGAAUGCAAUCCGUUACAGAUUACUGUUGAUUUCUUGGCAAAUUGUAUUUGAUUGUAGUUCACUUAGGAUUAUUGAUUACGAUUACACCUAUUUUC